AGCACCGACGCCAUCGUCGUCGUCGUCGUAAGUCGGCCUUAAUCAGCGUAUCAGCACAGUUCUGUGUGGUGUGCUAUAUGCCUUCGGUAGAAAAUUAAACUUAAGGUAGUGCUGUUUCGUCGGCGUUUGAAGCAGGACGCGCAGGAUUCUUCCUCUCUCCGAGUUCCCAGUGAUACCGAAUAGAGCAAAAAUGAAGAAAUCAACCCUAGACAACAUAUCUAUUCUGCUGGCGGAGCUUUUGGGAACGGCUCUGCUGGUACUGCUAGGAUGCAUGGGCUGCGUAGGAGGACUCGGGCACACUCCAUCACACUUUGAGCUGUGCAUCAACUUCGGUCUGGUGGUCAUGAUCCUGGUGCAGAUCUUCGGAUGCGUUUCAGGAUGUCACAUCAACCCGGCCGUAACGGCCGCGGCCUGGGUCUACGGUAUGGUUUCCACCAAGAUGGCUAUCGGAUAUUUCAUUGCCCAGUGCGUCGGAGGCUUCAUGGGUUUCGGAAUGCUCAAGAUGCUCACCCCGGCGGCUGUGUUCACGGGUGCUCUGGAAAAUGGAGCCGGUUUCUGUGUGACCACGCCCAACGAUGCAAUCACGACGAUGCAAGCCGUGGGAAUCGAAUUCCUGGCCACCGGUGUCCUAGUGCUGAUGUGCUGUGGUGUGUGGGAUCCUCGCAACUCCAAAUUGCACGAUUCGGUACCGCUCAAGUUCGGUUUCACCAUCGGAUGUCUGGCCGUUGCUGCCGGCCCCUACACCGGAGCUAGUAUGAACCCGGCCCGAUCGCUGGGACCGGUUCUGUGGAACGGCGUCUGGACGGAUCACUGGAUCUACUGGGUGGGUCCGCUGUCCGCUGCGUUCAUUGUCGCUUUCAUGUACAAGACCGUCUUCAGGCGCGAAGCUCCUCAGCAGGAACUGAUCAGUGAAAUGAGGGCACUCAAUGCCGAGAAAUAGAAUGCUCAAACCUCGUCAGUGGAAGGUUAUGUUAUGGUAACGCUCUUCAUCGAUAGUGCCACUGAAAAACAAAUGCCAAAUGAACAGAAGAGAAUUUAGAAAGUUUCCGGUUUACUGGAAGUGGAUGAAUUUGUUGUUAAUUUUAAGGACAGGAUAAUGUAAGCUGUAUUUUGCGAUGUGUAAUGUUUGAGACGAUACAGCGGAAU